CAUUGUUCCGUCUCUGCGACUACGCUGUACAGUCUUCCCUCUCCCGAGCAAAACAAAUUGAGCAGAAUGUGAAGAUAACUCAAUUUCUUCACUCAAACAACAUGUCUGAGAAUCCAUUACAGGUUCUCGUUCAAACCUUUGAGAAGGUUUCAUAUUCCAUUCAACAUCACCUUUCCAGUUUCAUAGACCUUCAUCUCCGGCCAGCUUCCUCUGGUAAAGCUCCUAUUUUCUCCAUCUCUUCCUCCUCCCACAAAUCCCAUUCUUUGAAAGAUGAUUCUUUUGUCCAACCUAUAGAUGUCCUUCUCAAGGCAAAAUCUGCUACACCAGUGACUAAAGAGGAGCUUGGAAAGGCUACUUGGACUUUUCUUCAUACUCUUGCUGCUCAGUAUCCAGAUAAUCCUACAAGGCAACAAAAGAAGGAUGUAAAAGAAUUGAUGGGAAUCUUAUCUCGAAUGUACCCUUGCAAGGAAUGUGCAGAUCACUUUAAAGAAGUUUUAAGAGCAAAUCCAGUACAGGCUGGAUCUCAGGCUGAGUUUUCCCAGUGGUUAUGUCAUGUGCACAAUGUUGUCAAUAGAAGCCUUGGAAAACCAAUAUUUCCCUGCGAACGAGUGGAUGCGAGAUGGGGCAAAUUGGAGUGUGAGAAGAACGCCUGUGAAGUUGUUGGAAGUACGAGUUUUGAUGAAAAAUGAAAGAGCUAGGGAUUUGGUCUGCCUUUGUGUAUUUUUUGUGAGCCUUCAUUGCCAAGUGAAGUGAAAACUAUUAUUCACUGACUUCACUAUGUACAGUUCUUGGCAUGUUACUCAUUGAAUAGGGUCUUGGUUUGUUGAAGCUUCCGUUUCAUUAGCGAAAGAUUAUUGGAUAUUUAAAUACACAUUAAUUAAUUUGAAUACCAAUAAGCCAUUAUAGAA